AUGUCAAUGUGUGGAGCAGAUUGCUGGACGGAUCACAGGCUAAUACUACCAAAGAUCAACUUCCGCAUUCAAUCCCCCAGGCGUCCACAAGAAAAGAAAACCCCAAAGAGGCUAGACACCACCAAACUACAAUCUGAGUCUAUUAAGCGAAAGUUGUGGGAAGAGCUAGACAACAAGCUGGAGCACAUCCACUUUACCAACAACAACGUCGAAGAAUACUGGGCGUCCCUCAGAGACUGCAUUUACCAAACGUCCUCAGAGCACCUCGGCCCAACUCGAAGAAAACACCAAGACUGGUUCGACGAAAACUGUGGCGAAAUUCAGGUCCUCCUGGAGAAGAAACAUCUACCCCACAAAGCGUAUUUGAGCGAUAAAACCUCCCAAUCCAAAGGUGAUGCCUACAAAGCAAUCCGGCGGACCGUGCAAGCUAAGCUACGCCAAAUGAAAGACUCAUGGACCCCCCCAGUGUUAAGUGCGGAUGGGAAAACUCUGCUGACUGAUAAAGAGAAGAUCCUGUCCUGCUGGGCCGAACACUUUGAGAACAUACUGAACAGGCCCUCAUCAAUCAACGAAGCCGCCAUUGCUUGCCUCCCCCAAGUUCCCAUCAAAUCUUCUCUCGCAAGUCCCAUUACCGACGAGGAAGUGACCAAAACCACCAGUGCUCUUCUAAAUGGAAAAGCCCCAGGAGCAGAUGCCAUCCCAGCAGAGAUAUACAAAAAUUGUGGACCCACACUGACCCUGAAACUUGCCGAGCUGUUCAACUUGAUGCUACAGGAAGGGAAACUGCCUCAGGAGCUUAAAGAUGCCUUGCUUGUACACAUAUAUAAAAGGCUACUGAACCACCUCGAGACAGGCCUCCUACCAGAAAGUCAAUGUGGCUACCGCAAAGGUCGUAUGAUAUUUGCAGCACGCCAACUCCAGCAGAAAUGCAAAGAGCACCACCAAGAUCUAUACACAACCUUCGUAGACCUCUCGAAGGCCUUCGACACCGUGAGCCGCGCAGGCCUCUGGAAGAUCAUGUCGAAAUAUGGUUGCCCAGAGAAGUUCAUCACACUAGUGCGCGCGUUUCACAAUGGCAUGCAACCUUCAGAGACAGCAAUCUCGGCCAUCCCCAUACACUACCGUACGGACGGCAAACUCUUUAAGCUGAGCAGGCGCAAAGCCAAAUCAGAAGUCAAGGAAGCCCUUGUACACGACAUGCUCUUUGCUGAUGACUGCGCCCUGAAUGCCAGCUCCGAACACGAAAUGCAACAUAGCAUGGACCAUUUCUCCUCUGCCUGCGAUGCCUUUGGACUCACCAUCAGCAUAAGAAAACAGAAGUGA